ACAAAUGAUCUUUAAGACUCCUUAAAGACACAGAAGUUGGUCCAAAGCUGGUUUACUAUCACAUAUGAUGUUAACUUAUUUAAUAAACACUCUAGUGUUGAGCCGAUAUAUUUUGUUCAAGAGAGGAAACGUGUAUUUAUUAAUGUAUAUGUCCCAAACAUGGAGAAACACACACGAUGUUACUCCAGUUCCAAAGGGACAGAAGUGGAAGAAAAGGACAAAAAAAAAUGAAAGUUAACAUUUCUUGUACUUGUCUCUUGAAACUUUUAAUUAAAAUUAUAAUAAAAAAAUAUUGAAUAUUGAAUAUUGAACACUGCUCUAUUGACUUGAAAGACAAUAUGUGAGCAGAUGAGGUUUGUGUUUGGACUUACCCCACCAGACUUGGGCUUAAGUUUCUUUGGGUCAAAUCAAUUCCUAAUGUGUGACAUAUUAAGUGCCAUGAGUCAUAAGUUGCCAUAAGUUUCCAAAAAGUAUGAAAAGUAUUGUUUUAAAUUUGCUUCAUAAGAUAAUUAUUGAGAGGAGCGAGUUUUAAUUUUAUUAUGAUAAGGCAAAUAACUGCGAAAUGGAUUUAGUUAAAUAAAGGAAGAAUGUGAAACUUAUUUAAUACAGGUAUUUUCAGGAAACCAAAAUAUAAAAGUGAGUGUGUGUGUGUAUGUGUGUGUGUGUGUGUCCCUCCUCUGUCACUCUUCCUGUCCCCCUCAAGUGUUAUCACGCUGAUCUAUGAGUCUGUCUCAACACACCGCGGUGUUCGAUGAGAGUUAUACUGUUUGGUGUUUUCCUUGUUUAAUUGGCCUGAAGAUUGACACACGGCGCGUUAUUGGCACACGAGCUCGCCCCGCGUAAAUACGCGCGCCGGUGCCAAUUACGCCACGUAGAUGCAAAUGAGGAUACAAACUUGGUGCCUGGUUUGGUUUUUUUUUCUUGUGACAAACUAAACUCAUUUCGAAAGGGAAAGUGUUAAGUGGGCUCGACUUUCUAAUUGGACUCCUCCUCUCCGCCGUGCCCACUAAUUACCGCUCCCCCGCUAUUUGACUGCGUCACACACACACACACGCGCGCGCGAGCAGAGAGAGGGAGAGUGGGGGAGAGAGAGAGAGAAAGAGAGAGAGGUAAUUGAUUCCCUUCCAGUCAGCAAUAAGUUGCUACUGGUGGUCAAUCGCUGCUGCCUUUCUUCGCAUCACCGUCCACUGGAUGGGUUUGGUACGCGCCUCGUGCGUCACCCGGGGAAAGUGUCGGGGCUCUAAGUGGAAGAAGUCAGAAGUGUCCCUGUAACUCGCAGCGCAGCGCGGCGGCCAACAUGCGGCCGCAGACGACGCACCUGUGAUCCGGAGCAAAGCGGGGGGGGGGGGGGGAUUUUUCUUUCCUCUGCCGUCUUCUCCUGCAGAAACUCAGCUCUUGAAUAAGUCACCGCAGCCAGGUGGGUCUCCGUCCUUUCCCCGUCCUCCCCACCGCCCGCUGUGCCGCCAUGACCUCCGUGGACGACUCCAAGUGCCCGUCGGUGCCGGACGAGCGGUGGCGCAGCCCGCUCGAUCAGCUCCCGCCGCCGGCCAACUCCAACAAGCCGCUGACGCCCUUCAGCAUCGAGGACAUCCUCAACAAGCCGUCCGCGAGAAGACGGAGCUGCUCCCUGAGCGGCGCGGCGGCGCACCUGCUCUCCCCCAGAGAGAAGCCGGCCCCGGCGGGUCACGGCCUGUCCGGCCGCGCGCUGCUCAGCCAGACGUCGCCGCUCUGCGCGCUGGAGGAGCUGGCGAGCAAAACCUUCAAGGGCCUGGAGGUCAGCGUCCUGCAGGCGGCCGAGGGCCGAGACGGUCUGACGCUCUUCGGCCAGAGGAACGCCGCCAAGAAGCGGCGGAAGUCGCGCACGGCGUUCACCAACCACCAGAUCUACGAGCUGGAGAAACGCUUCCUGUACCAGAAGUACCUGAGCCCGGCGGACCGGGACCAGAUCGCACAGCAGCUCGGCCUGAGCAACGCGCAGGUCAUCACCUGGUUCCAGAACCGGCGCGCCAAGCUGAAGCGCGACCUGGAGGAGAUGAAGGCGGACGUGGAGUCCGCCAAGGCCGUGGGCCCCGUGGCGUUCGAGAAGCUCUCCAAGCUGGCGGAGCUGGAGCGGUGCGCGGCGGGGGGCAUGGGCGGCGGCGGGGGCGGCGGCGGCGGGACGCUGUCCUGCACGCCGGGACGCUUCGCCGAGCCCGACCCUCUCUCCUCCUCCAGGUCCCCGCAGCGCACCACCGCCGAGAGCCUCGACUCCAGCAGGCCGAGCGCGUCGCCUCCCUCGCCCGCGUCGUCGCGCUACACGGAUCGGCUGAGCAGCAAAUUCUGCUCGGAGGAUGAAGAGGAGGAGAUCGACGUGGACGACUGAAGAACGUCGGAGGUUUUUAAAAAAAGGAAAAAGAAAGGAAAAAAAGACGCAGAUAGAGAGAUUGUGGUUUCACGAGGAUGUCAAGUGUUUUCCACACGAACACGCAGCGAUGCGGUGCAACUGUCCCUCGUGGGCUUCGGUUCGACAGAAGCCGCAGAGGACAGAGAAACCGGUGACGCGUUCACGUGCAAAAAGACAAACAAGAGACGCGGUCAGAAGGAAACGUAUACAUGGAAAAUAUUUCACCACGUGUUUUGCUUUUAUUUUAAAAAAAGAAGAUAAACGGAUGAGAAGGCAAAUGAUUUUUUUUUUAUAUACAAGCUCGAGUCGAGUGUUUUGUUUUUUUUGGAAAUAUGAAUUGUUCGGAAAAAUGAUAAUCACAAACUGAACGUGUUGUUAUAGGCCUACGUCACGAUUUAAUAUAUUUAUACCGCUUUGACUUCAAGUGCCUUUACAUGACGCAGACGAAAAUUGUACAAACUGUAAUGUAGCCAAUGCAGUUUCUAUGUUCGUUUAUAAACGAACUUGAAAUAAUGAAACGAAAAACAUGUUUUCAAAUACGAAAUCUUUCGCAAAUUAAAUUAUUCUAUGGUCUCAUCGUGUCACACGUUGAUUGGAACAGUU